CACGCUCACCGGGGCAGAGCAGAAGUAGCAGCGUCAUCGCAAAUUUUCAGUUUUGAAGGGGUAAUGAAAUGGAUGAGUGGAUCACUGGCCCAGCGUCUCGACGAUAAGCCGUGGACUAGGCUUGUCCCGGGCCGACGAGAACCAGGGACAGGAAAAGACUGCUCUUUCUCAGCACCAGAUUGCGGCCAACAAAGAGAAGUACAAAGCAGCUCACUUCCUUCGCACGGUAGGUUCUAGUCAUCUCUUGACCGCAAAAGUCUUCAUUUCAUCUUAGAUAGGGCACUGCGAUUGUGUCACCGUACUUCUCACCUGUCCAAUCUUACUACAUUUCUAUCCGAUAUCAUCAGCGCACAUUCAAUUUCAUCGAUUCUGAUCUCUCGAUGCCCAGCCGUCUUUCGCGGCAGAUGGAUCCAUUCCCGGAACUCCAGCUGCCGGAGUCGCGAGUGCUCAUCAUCAUCACUGGCGGCACAAUAUGCAUGAGACGAUCCGACGACGGCCUUAUUCCCGCCAAAGGCUUUCUGAGGGCUGCGCUGGCACCACGGCCCUCUUUCAACGACAACUCGUAUCAGGACCCACUGGAAAUCGUUACAGACGACAAAGGAACUCGCAAGGCUGUCCAAAGUCUACGAACGCCAAUCAGCGCCUAUGACCGUCGCGUGCGGUACUCAGUGCUUGAAUUCGACGAGCUUCUAGAUAGUAGCUCGAUCGACGCGGCUGGCUGGGACCAGAUCGCAAGAACUAUUUACCGGAACUACCAGCUUUUCGAUGGCUUUGUGGUUCUCCAUGGCACUGACUCCCUAGCCUACACGUGCUCCGCACUUAGCUUCAUGCUUCAGAACUUGGGUAAGCCGGUCAUCCUGACAGGAUCUCAGGCGCCGAUGAUGGAGUUGCAAAAUGACGCUCAGGACAACCUUCUUUCUUCUCUAAUCAUUGCUGGCCAUUUCAUGAUACCCGAAGUCUGCCUUUUCUUCAACUUCAAACUGUUCCGCGGCAAUCGCACUACGAAAGUUUCAGCCGAAGACUUUGAUGCAUUUGCGAGCCCCAACCUUCGGCCACUGGCCCAAAUAUCAUCACUCAGGACCAACGUGCAAUGGAACCUCGUCUACCGGCCAACUACAGUACACCCGUUCAGCAUCCAGACCAAACUCGACACAUCUCACGUGGCAUGUCUUCGAAUCUUCCCUGGAAUGAAGCCGGAGAUGGUGGAUGCCGUGCUCCGUCUAGAGGGGCUCAAAGGCCUCAUACUAGAAACUUUUGGAGCAGGAAACACGCCAGGAGGACCCGAUUCGGCCAUGACUCAAAUUCUCGCGGCUGCAGUGAAGAGGGGGAUAGUCAUAGUAAACGUCACUCAAUGCCUCAGUGGCAGCGUCAGCCCACUGUACGCGCCAGGCACAGUGCUAGGACGAGCAGGAGUCGUGUUCGGGCAGGACCUGACGUCGGAAGCUGCUCUCACAAAGCUUGCGUAUCUCCUUGCGCUGCCCGAAUCGACGCCCGAGGAGGUCGCGAAGCGCAUGUGCAUCUCGCUGCGCGGUGAGCUCACAGAAACUACGCGCACGCAUUUCGAACACCCCAAGAACGGCAGCCUGACGCCCGAGCUGUCCAGCUUGACGGCGCUCGGAUACUCGAUCCAAGCGGGCGAUUUGCAAGGAGCACGCGACAUCAUCCGAGGAGAGCCCCGCUGGCUGCUGAACGAUGCGGAUUACAACCUGUCAACUCCAGUUCAUCUCGCGGCUACCGGGCGGAAUGUCGAUAUCCUCAAAGACUUCCUCGAGCAAGGUGCAUCGGUCCACCUCCGCAACCGCGAGGGCCACACGCCGCUGUACUUGGCGGCGCACGCGGGCCUGGCCGGUCAUGUGCAGAUUCUGACUGAUGCCGGCGCCCAUCUGCACUCGGACGAGAUGGCAGCGGCGCGCCUGCAUGCCGAAUCGGGCGGCGAUGCGGCAGUGUGGGCCACGGCGGGCGUGAGUGGUGCUGCGGCGGGCUGAGGGCGCGUGUGGCUUGUGGAUGAGCAUGUGCGGGGGGAUCUUUGGCAAGCUGGGGAUUUGUGAGGCGUGCAUGAUACAUAGCUGGGGCCAGCAAGACGGCGAGGGUCUGGGGAUGCAGUUCGUGGAAGAAGUUCAGCCACUGCAGGAGCUCGAGCUCGAGGCGUGGCUCUGUACAUACAUAGUAAACAGCCUCCCUGCUGCGUCGACGCACGCUUGCAGCCCCACUAGCCUCUGUGGGAGCCUCUGCAGGGGCAAUUCUGGUGAUGGCAUUCGCGU